UAUCUCAUAGUGGUCCAAGGCCCAAAUUAUUCAAAGCCCCCACAUUUUGACUGGCUGAAGUUGCUCACACCAAGGCUUAAACCUUGGUCCCAUCUAUGAAAGAUGGAGCAAGACACCAUAAAUCUGUUACUCACUUGGUGCCCAAAUGACAAUUAAUGGCAUUGGUGCAAGUCAAUGAAUCCAAUAUAAAUAGACCUUGAAGUCGCCAACAUCAUCAGUGCAAUGCAUAAUAGUAGCAUCCAAAUCACAUACUAUUUGCAAUGAAUAUGCUUUCUUAUCUGAUCCUAGUACUUGCGUUGAUAGCCAGUAGAUCAUUUUGCUUUCCACAAACUAGUUUCGCAACAAAACUGAUAGGAAUGGCAGCGUUGGAAGCAAAAUUUCCUACCGAAACAUUUGCUAGAAAGUUGCAGGUAGUGUCACCAGCCAGGAAGAAAAGAGGAAGAAGGCCAAGGGCUCCGCCAUCUCCGACAGCUAAUCCUAUCGAGUCACCUGUCGUUCCCAGCCCAAAGCCACCACCAGGUUCAUUUCCGCCUCUACCAGCUCCAUUUCCACCUCCACCGCCAUGCCAUCAUUAAAAUUAAAAUAUGAUACAAGCAAAAUUUAUUUUAUAAAGUUCUUUUAGUCGCAUUAUGUAACCGACCUGUUCUCAUCUAACCAAUAUAAAUUUAGAUCUUAAUAGAUUGGUUGUACUUCCUCCGUUUCAAAAUAGAUGGGACAUUGUCUAUUUUGGGGUGUUUCAAAAUAGAUGAUACAUUGUUAUUUUUUUCCUUAUUUAGUAAUUUUUGCCUUACAAUUUUACCAUUUUACCCUUACUAACUUGUGUUAUGUUCUUUAAUCUACAUCUAAUAAUCUGAUUAAUCAUAACCUAAAACUAAUGAUUCCCACCAUUUUUUAUGACCCACCAACUACCCCAAUUGAAUUCCCACCCCACCUCUUCAUCUAACCUAGGGUUCUUCAUCAUCAUUCAUCUCCCUCAUAACUGCUCAUCUCCCUCAUAACUGCUCAUCUCCCUCUCCCUCAUAACUGCUCAUCUCUCUAUAAGUUUUUCAGAUUUACUCUCUCUCCCCUCAUAGCUUCGUCUUCAGAUCUUCUUUCUCUCUCUCCUCAUCUUCGUUUUUCUUUCUGUUCUUCGCAAUUUUGCUUCAAAAUCAUUUUCUCUCUCCUAAAAAAUGGUUUGUGAUAUCAAUUUGGAACCUUUGAUUGAUGCGCAUUUUGAAACUACGGAUGAGGGAGAGGCGACGUUCAUAAUUGACGUCAUUCGAUCAAUUGAAAAUGGUUCUCCUUGGCCCCGUAGACUUUACGAUUCAAGGGCUGCUUCAAAGUGUAUGGGUCCAACUACUUGCAAAGCUUUGGGUGUUGUUCUUGAGGAAAUCAAGGACAUGAAGGAACCUUGGUUUCCUGAUGAUUUAUUUAGUGAGUCCUCUGAAGAAGAAGAAAUUAUAGAUCUGGUGAGUUCCGAGGAAGAUGUGAAAGAAAAAGUGAUUUUCAAAACUCCCACUUUACCCCCACUCUCUGUCUCAAAAAAACCUAAUUCUGAACGCGUUACUGUUUGUGCUCUUCCUUGUAUGGGUUCUGAGAUGAAUUACUAUUCAUACAACCGAAAAGGAAAGGCUAAGGUGGGUUCUUUUAAAGAAAGUGGUGGUAGUGGGAGUAAAUCGGUCAUGAAAUCUGGUUCAAAGAGGAAGGGGAUAGUGAUUGGUGGUACAGAUUUAAACAAAAAUUACAGUAAUGGAGAUCUGAAAGUGACUGAAAUACUUUGGCUUUCUUUCCCCAUUCUCCAUCUCCAACAGUGGGUGUGCCAGGUAGAAUGUGGGAUAGCACCCACUUCAUCCUCUCCAAUUUGUGAGUCUCUGUCAAACUUGGAUGGUUACUACUUGUAUGGCUUCUGA